AUGGCAGAAACCCCAACCAUGAGUAGUGACGAAAAGACCAGGAUUGUUCUGGAGAGGCUUUCACUAUAUGGGCCGAACCCCUCUAUGGAACUGGUGCAACAACUGAUGGCGGAAGCAGACGAGGACAUACGGAAAGCUAGAGCCCACGAGCUCAACACAGUGACCGCACAACGUCACGCUGAAGCAUUACCGAUCGUAA